CGUUUAACCCUUUGUAUGCUGUUGCGCUGUCAGCCCAGCAGAAUUCAGAGUCAUUUACGGGAAAAUGCAGAAGAAACGGGAUGUGAAAGUUGCCUCUUGACGGGGAGCGGGGCCACGUCUUCCUCAAACGAGUCAGAAAAAACAUCUUGGUUAGUGAGCGCUCAAAAUCAAGCCAGUGAGAUCCGUGUCCUGGGAGAGACGGAUACAAUCCGGGGUAAGCUGAACGUGAACCUCGUUCCAGGAGAAUCAGCCAAGAAGAAGAUGCUCCUGGCAGUGGCCAUCGUUUUCCUGACACUGGCAAACACCGUGCGAUGUGUAAACUCUCCAUGCCACUCGGCCAUGCCAGGCAUGCCAGGCAUUCCCGGGAUCCCCGGUAAAGAUGGAAGAGACGGCCAGAAAGGUGCCAAAGGUGAAUCGGGAAUCCCAGCAAGUGCACUCGGACUGAAUGAACUGAAGGGUGAAAAAGGUGUGAAAGGGUCUGUCGGUCCAAAAGGAAAGAGUGGCCCUAUGGGUCCCCCAGGGCCUCGAGGGGAUAAGGGUUUAGUAGGCCUACAAGGAGAAGGCGGAGUGCCUGGUAAUCAGAAGCGCCAGCACCAAUCCGCCUUCACCGUGGCGAGGAAAACGGCACAACUUCCGAGCAAGAACAACCCCGUCAUCUUCAACAUCGAGAUCACCAAUGACCAUAAGGAUUAUGAUGUCACCACGGGGCAGUUCACCUGCCGGACUUCAGGACUCUACUACUUUGUAUACCAUGCCUCUCAGUCGUCCAAUCUGUGCAUCUCUCUGUAUGUCGACGGCGAGACCAAAGCUAGCUUCUGCGACCACAUGUCCAACACCCACCAGGUGACAUCGGGAGGAACCCUCGUCCAGUUACUCAAGGGCCAGCAGGUAUGGUUGGCCGUCAACGACUACAAUGGUAUGAUUGGGGUGGAGGACAACGACAGCGUAUUCUCAGGGUUCCUGGUUUUUCCAGAUUAGACCCAGCAUUUUAUUAAAGGGGGGCGCUUUGACAUAUACACAGAAGCCCCAACAAAGAAUCAUUUUCCUUCUCAAGACACGAGUAAUAAUCAUUUUCUCUGCGUUUCUUUUAAUAUCUGUUAAAUCUGUAAAAUAAAAACAAUUCCAAUCUGCA